GUUUCUUCUUUGGGGUGGGGGAAGCUUAAUUCAACUUUCUUACAGCAACCGUCGCUCUUUAUGCUUUAACUGGUGGUUUAUAUUCCCUUUAAUCAACUCAAAGGACAAGAAAGAACAAAUCCAAGAUCACCUUUAAGCAACUUCAGUAACAUAAGCGUCCGACCUCCCGCACCCUAUAAAAGAUGAUUGAAACACUUGUAACAUCCAACGCUCAAGAUCUUCUUUGCCAACUGAACUCACUCUUGGAGCUGGAACUGAAAUGCCAGCCGAAAGCUUGUGGUUUACGUCUGAUUGAAUCUACCCACGACAAUGGCCUGAGAAUGACCACCAAACUGCGUGACUUUGAAGUGAAGGAUUUGCUUAGCUUAACUCAGUUCUUUGGCUUUAGUACAGAGACCUUCUCUUUAUCUGUGAAUCUUUUGGACAGGUUUUUAUCAAAAAUGAAGGUACAACCAAAACAUUUAGGCUGUGUUGGGCUUGCCUGUUUCUACCUCGCUGUAAAAGCAAUAGAAGAAGAAAGGAAUGUUCCUCUGGCAACGGACUUACUGAGGAUAAGCCAAUAUAAGUUCACAGUCUUUGAUAUGAUGCGUAUGGAAAAGAUUGUUCUGGAAAAGUUGGGUUGGAAAGUUAAAGCUACGACUGCUCUACACCUCUUGCAUCUCUAUCAUUCCCUUGUGUUUGACAACUUGACAGGUGAAAGGAAGAAGCUGUUUUCUCAGGAGAGACUUGUAACUCAUCUGAAAGCUUGCCACUGUAGGCUUGGAUUUUCCAAAGCAAAGCCCUCUGUGCUGGCAUUGUCAAUAUUGGCACUGGAAAUUCAAGAGCAGAAGCUGUUUGAACUAUUGGAUGCACUAGAGUGUCUGCAGAAUCAUUCCAAUAUUAGCAGCAGAGACCUGCACUGUUGGAAGGAGAUGGUAGGCAAAUGCCUUGCCGAAUAUGCCUCUAGUAAAUGUUCCAAGCCAAAUGUUCAAAAGCUCAAGUGGAUUGUGUCCGGACGCACAGCAAGGCAACUGAAGCACAGUUACUACAGGAUAGCACAUCUUCCAACAAUUCCAGAAUCUGGCUCCUAAAAGGGUAUCAUCAAACAUGCUUAUCCACUUAUUUAGUACGAACUGCACAACAUUCAUGUUGGAUACAUCCAAGCUGUGAAGCCUGAAGAAAACAUGGCAGCUAGUUUUAGUUUUUUAGAAUACAAAAAUGUGAGAGGGAAUUAUUUUUUACACUUCUGAGAAAUACGCACAGGACAAAAUCCUCCUUAAAUAUGCGCUAAAAGUUUAUUUUAUAUUGUAUGGCUUGGGGAAGUGAUAUGAUAUACCUACUGCGACUACUAUAGCACUUAAUAACUAUUGCCUAUAAUACAAGGAUGAAAAACAGUAGAUAGAUUAUGUUACAUUUUUUUAAAUGAUAUUUAAGACCUAUGUGGGGUCAUGUAAUAAAAGACACUAAGUUUGCCCAGGUGCAGUAACCAAUAGCAACCAAUCAGCAAAAGGCAUUUAAAAGCAAAGUUGCUAUGGGUUACUGCUCCUGGGCAAACUUAGAGUCUUUUUAUUACAUAUGGGAGUUGGAGAGAAGAGUGCAUGGAGUGCAUAUGGUUGAGAUCAUUUGGGUUAUGUUGUUUUUUUCCCAGGUGCACUGCCUGCCAAAUACACUACAAAAACAGUUCUGUUCUUUUUCCACCAAUAGAUCUGCUGUGUAAUCAGACUUUGCGUAGUUGCAAAUUAGGAGUGAAAUCUUGUGCGCCUUUACUUCUCUGAAAAUGAAAUGCACUUUAUUUGUUUUGAAAAAUAUUUGCAAAUGUUUUAUUGUUGCCUGUAUCCAUGCAAUCGGUGAGGGAACCCUUAUGAAAGUUAGAUGUGAUUGGGAUUAACCGGCCAUCAGAACAUAUUUAUUUGAGGAUCAGGGGACAUGCUCGUCUCGGUAAAAAUGAAACCUUAAGCUCAGUAUAAAAUAUGCUUUAACUUAGCAACAUUUUCAGCGGCUUUGUGUGUGUGUGUGUAUAUGUGUGUAUAUGUGUGCUUGUGUUUUUAAACUGUCUAGAGCAACCGUGUUUAUGUUCCUCCGUCUGACUUUUCCGUUGCAUCUUCACGAACAUGGAUACUGUAUUUAUUUGAGUACCUGGGACUUUAAAAGUACGCAAGAUGGCCUACUACGAUACACAUAUAUUUAUUCCCAUAUAAUAAAAGUCUAUUCUGUCUGCACUGGAAUGGUCAAAAGAACAGAGGAUAACACACAAUAUAAUAAGAUUUACCUGAUUUUAGUUUUCCAUGGGCUCUUUUAGUACAUCAGUGUUAUGUAACCCAAUUAAUUUAUUCAUUAUUCAUAGUAUACCUUUAGAAAUAAGUUACUCUAGGCUAGUACUCCCUAGCAACCAAAUGGGAAUUCUGCUUUGAUUAGUCUUAAAUGCAGUUAAUUUAUCAUGGCUUAUUGCUGUUUGGUUGCUGUGAGUUCCUACUGUAAAGUAAAAUGACACUUUUCUCCUUAUACUGUCCUCCGAAUGUGUCGGUGGCUAAAGUAUUGUGUAUGAAUAGUAACAACAGAAACAGAAGCUAAGCAAAGGUUUGCAAAACUGGGUAUAACGUUGUGGGUAUAUGGGUAAACUACAGCACUUGCUUAUUAUCAGCAGGUCGGUAAGCUGGUACAUGUAGUAAUACAGACCACUGUAUAGAAAUGGUGACAAAAGUGCCUCUAUACAAUGUAAUAAGAUUUGUACCUUUCAAUAAAUGUAUUGAAAUGCUGAAA